AUGGUUGAUCCCAUUUUAUGUCUGACGAAGAUCGAUUUUUCAGCUAGAGGAGAAUUCUUCCAUUUUGUUGGCCAGCGUGUUACAGUCAAAGGAUUUACCUCAAUUAUGCCAUGGUUGGCAGUAAAUGAAAUCUCUCUCCCUCAUUUUAAGGAAGGGGAUAAAGUAGAAAUUUCAAAAGUUGAGUUGUAUGAGGGGAACACUGCGCCUCCAGAUUAUCUUACUGAAAGUGAACUGAUAUCCUUGAUGGAAAAAAACGGAAUAGGAACAGAUGCCUCCAUUCCUGUACAUAUUAACAACAUAUGUGAGCGCAACUAUGUGCAGGUACAAGCUGGAAGGAGGUUGGUUCCAACUGCUUUAGGUAUCAGCCUAAUUAGAGGCUACCAAUGUAUAGAUCCGGAUCUCUGUUUGCCUGACAUUCGGAGUUUCAUUGAGCAGCAAAUCACUCUUGUUGCUAAAGGCCAAGCAGAUCAUUCCCUGGUCGUGCGGCAUGUACUUGAACAAUUCAAGCGCAAGUUCAGUUACUUUGUUAAACAGAAAACUGAUGAAAACCAGCCCAAGAGGGACACUAAACACUGUGUUGAUGCUAGGUCCUCCUUAGAACCUGUUGAGGGCACCUCAGCCCAGCAAGGCGAGAGUGGCCAAGUUGUCAAAAGUGGAGGGAAGCGAGGUUUUGGGAGCUUUAUAAGGACGACCACUCCAUAUAAGCCGCUUGUGGAGAAAGCUCUAUGA